AUGCUUAAAACAUCAAAUUCCUUCAGCUCAUACAACUUCCGGAACUAUUUCGUACGGAAGACGAAAGACACCUUCAGAUCCAUACAGAAUGAAUCAGACCCGUCGAAAAUACAGGCCUUGUACAAGGAGGCUGUUGACGAUCUUGCGGUCCUGAAGCGAAGUGCGCUAGUAAAUCAGGUGUAUGGAGGAUGGAAACUGGCGAUUGAACGGCAGUCCGAGGACCCGGCGGUGGCCAGAGAGCGGUCGGACUCGUAG